UUUGGUCUACAGAAUUUCACUCGUUUGGUUGCCUCGAUUUCUUCGAAUAGAAGCCAUCUUCUUGAAGCAAAGUUUCUACUGUUCUUUUUCCGAUCCAAGUUUUUGAAAAGAAAAAAAGGGAGAACGAAAGAAAAAAUUUCGGUUGUUUUUGAUUUGGCGGCCAGACCAUGGAUGUUCGCGUGAAGCAAGAGAUUACGGAAACGUUAAGCACACAAAGACGGAUUCUAAAUGGUGUUGAACGGGAACAACCUGCCUCGGUAAUCGAGCUCAGUAGUAGUAGCAGUGAGUCGGACUCGAGCGAUGAGUCGGACGGCCCGGACGAGACGGAUAACGCCAAUGGCGCCGUUGCUGGAGGGGAAGGACCUGGAAGUAGGGCUUCAAAGAAGAGGAAGGUGAAUGACGUUGAUUUUGUGCUGCCGCUGGGGUUUUUGUCUCCGUUACCACCGGAUGAUCCGGCUCCUGUUCUGUUGGACUCUGAUAUGGCGGUUGCGGAGAUUCCCGCGACGGUGGGACCGCCGGAACAGGCGGCAAGUAGGAGUUUGAGUUCGAGGGUGCUUUGCAAGCAGUUUUGGAAGGCUGGAGAUUAUGAUGGAGCUCCAUCUUCUGAUUGGGAUUUAUCAUCAGGUGGCAUGGAUCGUGUCAGGGUUCAUCCAAAAUUUCUACAUUCCAAUGCAACGAGUCAUAAAUGGGCUCUUGGAGCUUUUGCUGAACUUUUGGACAACUCUUUGGACGAGGUCUGCAAUGGAGCUACAUAUGUUAAUUUAGACAUGAUCAAAAGUAAGAAGGAUGGGAAUUUAAUGUUGCUAAUUGAAGAUAAUGGUGGAGGGAUGGAUCCUGAUAAAAUGCGUCAGUGCAUGUCUCUUGGAUAUUCUGCAAAAAGCAAAGUAGCAAACACCAUUGGACAAUAUGGCAAUGGAUUCAAGACUAGUACCAUGAGGCUUGGUGCAGAUGUUAUUGUGUUUUCUCGGUGUUGUGGAAAAGAUGGAAAACACCUCACACAGAGCAUUGGGCUGCUCUCCUACACGUUUUUGACAAGCACAGCAAAGGAAGACAUUGUGGUACCCAUGCUAGAUUAUGAAUGGAAACAAAGAAAAUGGAACAAGAUCGUACGAUCUACUGCCAGUGAUUGGGAUAGGAAUUUGGAAACUAUAGUACAGUGGUCUCCAUUUUCCAGUGAAAUGGACCUCCUUCGUCAGUUCAAUCUGAUGAAAGACCAUGGUACACGGAUUAUUAUAUAUAAUCUCUGGGAGGAUGAUGAAGGGCUAUUGGAACUUGAUUUUCAUGGUGAUCCACAUGAUAUCCAACUUAGAGGUGUUAACCGUGAUGAGAAGAAUAUACAAAUGGCAAAAGAGUUUCCCAACUCUAGGCAUUUUCUGACUUAUAAACAUUCAUUGAGGAGUUAUGCAUCAAUACUUUAUUUGAGACUUCCUCCUAACUUCAGAAUCAUUUUACGUGGGAAAGAUGUCGAGCACCACAACAUAGUUAAUGAUAUGAUGCUCACUGAGAUGAUAACAUAUCGACCAAAUCCCAGUGCUGAGGGGGCCCCUAAGGAUUUGAAUCUGGCUGCUUUGGUGAUUAUUGGUUUUGUGAAAGAUGCCAAAUAUCACAUUGAUGUUCAAGGUUUCAAUGUUUAUCACAAAAACCGACUCAUCAAGCCUUUUUGGAGGGUUUGGAAUGCAGCUGGGAGUGAUGGUCGUGGUGUUAUAGGUGUUUUAGAGGCUAAUUUUGUUGAGCCAGCUCAUGAUAAGCAAGGUUUUGAGCGUACAACAGUUCUUGCAAGACUUGAAGCACGACUAGUACAAAUGCAAAAAGCUUACUGGUCCACCAAUUGUCAUAGAAUUGGCUAUGCUCAACGGCGUAACAAGAAAAAUAUAGAGCAGUCUUUGGGCAGAGUAGAUACUUCGCCUGAUCAUGAUACACAAAAAUCUACACAAUUGAAUAAGAAGAGUACUUCUAGCAGCAAGCGACUCUCUUCAGACUCAGACAAGUUGUAUUCACCCUCAAAUUGGAAAAAAAGAGGCAAAGAAUAUCAGAAAUUUCCUGAAACAGUGGAUGGUGGAUAUGGGAAUGGACAUGUAUCUCGCAGGGGUGAUUAUAGGAAAAGGGCUUCAUUAGAUAACAGUUCAAAGGACCUCAGAAAAUCGGGAAAAAGAUUAAGCUCAUUUGAACCAUCUUCCCCUUCUGCAGAGCAUGCCAGUGAUGAUGUGUGUGAGGUCUUGCCUGAGACACAAGCUAAUGGCAGCAAUCAACGGUCUAAAUCAAAGGAGCAUGGUCUAAAUGAUGGUGAGCCUUCACUUACAGAGACCAAUUUAUGUAUACUGGAGCAGUUGAAGCAGGAGAAUUGUGAAUUAAAAGAAAGACUAAAGAAAUACGAGGGAGAACAUCAAAGUGAAUUGCUCAAUGAUUUGCAGAAGGAAAGAAACCGGUGCAAAUCACUUGAAACUGAGCUGAAAGCGGCACAGAAAAAAAUCGAGCAACUGAACAUUGAACAAGAAAGUCUCAUUAAUAUAUUCUCAGAGGAGAGGGAUCGAAGAGACAAGGAGGAAGAGAACUUGAGGAAGAAGCUAAAGGACGCAUCUACUACCAUCCAAGAGUUACUUGACAAAGUUAAGUUGCUGGAGAAGAUGAAAUCUUCCAACUUCAAGCCUGAACGUCGAUAGCCCUUUAUAGCUUUAGUUUUGGUGGCGACGCAUUUUCCCUUUUCGCUAGCAAGCAACCAGAAAUGAUUCAUUGCAGUCUUCGGAUCAACAGCAAUUCUUUUUGUAAUUUUGUCUCGCUAUUCUCACUUCUCUGACAUGAGUAGAAAUUAAGUAUCAUUGUACAUGCUUCUGUUAGUGCUAGUGACUCGUCGUCAUAUCGGUGGAUGUGAUUAGUGGGUAAUGUAAACAUAGAAAUUCUGAGGGCUUGCGUAGAUGUCCUAGUCGUUUUUAAAUUUUUAACUUAAUCGUUGUUUAUUCCUUGUAUUGGUAUAGGAUUGUAUAAAUUGUAAAUGUCGUAUAAGAUUGUGUAUAAUAUCUUGAGAUAAUCCACGACUCUGAAGUUUCAACUAUAUUCGACUAAAUGUGUACCACAAAGGACGCAUGGUAGUAGUGUCUCUCGGUCCAUAAAAUUGGUUUAUUGGGAUGUGUAUCGAUAGCGAUGUCUAUUCGAAUGUGAUUUUUUUCUCUAUUCGAAAUGUGAUUUAAUUAC